CCACCCUAGUGCUACCUGUCAGACCUGAGUGGCAGUGAGUGUAGUCAGAGAGCUAGUGACCCUGAAGAGUAGAAGGGCUCUCUGUGAGGAACCACACUGCCAGCCAUGCUCCGGGACCUCUGGGCAAAGUGGCUGGCAGGUAAAGGGAUGCCCCUCCUAGGGGCAGUAAUGCUGCAGAGGAGAGAGAAGAGGGGAUCUCAGUGGAGGCACUGGCAGCAGGAAGCCCACCCGUACUAUGACCUCCAGGUGAAGGUGUUGAGGGCUAGAAACAUCCAGGGCACAGACCUACUGUCCAAAGCUGACUGUUAUGUGCAGCUGUCACUGCCCACAGCAUCUCCCAGCCCCACCCGGACCAGGAUGGUGGCUAACUGCAGUGACCCUGAGUGGAAUGAGACCUUCUCCUACCAGGUCCAUGGUGCUGUGAAGAAUGUCCUGGAGCUCACUCUCUAUGACAAGGAUGUCUUGAGUAGCGACCAGCUCUCUCAACUCCUGUUUGACCUGAAGAGUCUUAAGCCUGGACAGCCCCAUAGACACACCUUCUCACUCAACCAACAGGACUCACAAGAGCUACAAGUAGAGUUUAUUCUGGAGGAGAGCCAGGUGCCUGCAACUGAGGUCAUCACCAAUGGAGUCCUGGUGGCUCAACCUUGUCUGACAGUCCACGGCACUCUCGAGGGCAACAGGACCGUCCCGCAGCGAGAGUAUGGCUCCAGGCAGGUCCAGUUGGCAGUACCUGGGGCCUUUGAGAAGCCACAACUCCUACCCCUGCAGCAUCUUGAGGAGCCAGGCCAGCUGCCCACCUUCACCUUCCAUGUGAACCCUGUGCUGAGCUCCAGGCUAGACGUGGAGCUGAAGGAGAAGCUCAGGGUUCUACAGAGUGGCCCAAGUGCUGAGCUGGAGGAUCAGACCAGCAAGCUGGGUGAGGGCGGCAUCCUGCUCUCCUCUCUGUCCCUAGACCAGGAGGAACAGCACGUUGUGGUCCUGGGGGAGGGACAGGAGGUGUCUCUCAGUAUGAAAGCAGAAAUGAGCUCUGGGGACCUGGACCUGCGCCUUGGCUUUGACCUUUGUGAUGGUGAGCAGGAGUUCCUGGACAAGAGGAAGGCAGUGGUGGCUAAGGCCCUGCAGAAGGUGCUGGGAUUGAGCGAGGCUCCUCACUGUGGCCAGGUUCCAGUGGUGGCUGUGCUGGGCUCUGGGGGUGGAACCCGAGCCAUGACCUCCCUGUAUGGCAGCCUGGCGGGGCUGCAGGACCUGGGCCUCCUGGAUGUUGUGACCUAUCUGAGCGGGGUCUCUGGGUCCACCUGGUGCAUCUCCACACUCUACAAGGAUCCAGCCUGGUCCCACAUGGCCUUGCAGGGCCCCAUCGCAUGGGCCCGGGCCCGGGUUUGCAGCACUAAGAUGGGGGCAGUGUCCACGGAGCAGCUGCAAUACUAUGCUCAGGAGCUGGGGGCCCGGGAGAGGGACAGCAGUGGCCACAGCAUGUCCCUCAUUGACCUCUGGGGCCUCCUCAUUGAGUAUUUUCUGAACCAGGAGGAAAACCCUGCCAAACUAUCUGACCAGCAGGAGGCAGUCAGCCAGGGCCAAAACCCUUACCCUAUCUAUGCUGGCAUCAAUGUCCGAACCAAUAUGAACGGCGAAGACUUUGCAGAAUGGUGUGAAUUCACGCCUCACGAGGUUGGCUUCCCCAAGUAUGGAGCUUAUGUUCCCACUGAGCUCUUCGGCUCUGAGUUCUUCAUGGGGCGACUAGUGCAGCUCCGGCCUGAGCCCCGCAUCUGCUACCUGCAAGGAAUGUGGAGCAGUGCCUUUGCAGCCAGCCUGAACGAGAUCUUCCUGAAGACUGCUGGCUCAGGCCUGGGCUUCCUGGACUGGCACAGAGGCAGUGUGAACAUCACAGAGUGCCCACGCUUCCAGCUACAGGACCCUUCUCGCCUGCGCACCAGGCUCUUCACCCCGCAGGGUCCCUUCUCCCAGGCGGUGCUGGACAUAUUCACCUCCCGCUUUACUUCCGCCCAGAACUUCAACUUCAUGCAGGGCCUCUGCCUGCACAAGGACUAUGCGGCCUGCAGGGACUUCAUGGCCUGGAAAGACACACACCCAGAUGGCUUCCCCAACCAGCUCACACCCAUGCGGGACUGCCUGUGCCUGGUGGAUGGAGGCUUCGCCAUCAACUCUCCCUUCCCUCUGGCCUUGCUGCCCCAGCGGUCGGUGGACCUCAUUCUGUCUUUUGACUACUCCCUGGACGCCCCUUUUGAGGUCUUACAGAUGACAGAAAAGUACUGCCUGGACCGGGGAAUCCCUUUCCCCAAGAUCGAGGUUGGCCCUGAGGACAUGGCGGAGCCUGGAGAGUGCUACCUAUUUGCGGAGGCCGAGGCCCCUCAAGCACCCAUCGUGCUACACUUCCCCCUUGUCAACCGCACCUUCCGCACACACCUGGCCCCAGGUGUGGAGCGGCAAACAACUGCGGAGAAGGCCUUCGGGGACUUUGCCAUCAAUGGGCCAGACACCCCCUAUGGCAUGAUGAACUUCACUUAUGAGCUCAGACAGUUUGACCGGCUGGUGGCCCUGAGCCGCUACACUGUUCUGAACAAUGCGGAGACUGUGAGACAUGCCCUCCAGCUGGCUCUGCAGCAGCGGCAGCAGCACACUGGGACCUUGGCCAGGGCCUGACCAGGGAGUCAGGACUACAGGACAGAGAGAUGCAGGCCUCAAAGCCAGCAGCUGCCAAGCAAGCAAGAAGUGGGUGGACCCUUCUGCUUCUCGCCUCUCCAGCACCUGCUCUGAGGUCCUCCAGGCCUGAAAGUCUUGCAGACCUGCAGCUCGGCUUUGGGCCAGGGCCUCCUCUUGUGUUUCUUGAAGAAGAUGGGGCAGAACAUCCCUCUGGCACUCUAGGGAUGCAGGGCCAAGGCAGGCAGCAUCACCAUGAGGCUCACGUGAACCCAGAAGGCCCUCGGAGGGUGCAGGUGCCCAGAGCCUUACAGAGGUGUGAUGUGCCCUCUCUUGGUGACCACUGCACAUGCAUCUGCUGUGAUAUCUUUAGUGGCCCCUGGACUCUCCCCCCUCCCCCGUGGGUUUGGUGCUGUCCAGAAUAAA